AUGGAGAUCAAACAGUUACAGUCAUGCAGCAGGCUCUUAGGAACCUUCCUUGUGCUUUCCUUCUCCCUUGCAGCACUGGCAUCAGCGGAUUCGACGACCCUCGAGGCCUCAAUGACAGCUCGGUCGUCUCGGCGUGCAUUGAUAAGCACUCCAGCAGACGUAGUUCAGCAGUUUCUGAUGCCCCAUAACAGGGAACGUACCAAGCUGGGACUCCCGCCUCUGCAAUGGAGUGAGAAGCUUGCUAGCUAUGCUAGCUGGUGGGCGAACCAGAGGAAGGGAGACUGUGCUCUCAUCCAUUCCAACACCAACUACGGGGAGAACAUCUUCUGGGGCAGUGGGAAGGAUUGGAAACCUGCUGAUGCUGUUGAUGAAUGGGCCGCUGAGAAACAAUACUACGACUACAAGAUGAAUACAUGUGUUCAGCACCAGGACUGUUUGCACUACACACAGAUCAUCUGGAGGCAGAGCUUGUAUGUUGGUUGUGCUAGGGUGACUUGUGCGAGUGGAGACACAUUCAUCACUUGUAAUUAUGAUCCGCAUGGCAAUGUUAUAGGCCAGAAGCCCUUCUAAUAGCCUCUGUGGGUGCCUUUGAUGGUGGGAGUGAAAGUGGUGAUUGGUGCAAGCCACCCUUCUUGAUCCUACUGAAAAUUGAGGUAAUUGACAGACAGAGGUAGACAGCGAGCAUCUGGUGAGCAAAGAUGGAUCUUAGUGUUAGUGGGUCUCUGUUUUCUUUUGCAGAUCGGCUUUCUUCAUUGUAGCAAUCCAUUCAUUCACUGGUGGCCCCAGUAUAUAUAGUAUGCAUACGUGUAUAGAGUCUGUAGUUAAAUUUCA